AUGGACUUCGCCCCCAUUCAAUACACCCAGAUCAGCCGAUGGAUUCACAGGCGGAAAGUUAGCGAAACAGAAAAUACUCACACAGAGUCAAAUCCUCAAUCAAUCUCUCAGCGCAAUGAAUUCGAACAACAAAAACCCGAUCCCCACUCAAACCUCGCCUUCAAAGCAAUAGCCCUCCUGAACCUCCCCGCCUUCAUCAACUACACCCUCAUCAAAUCCCGCGCCACCCUCAAAGCAAUCCAAAGCUACGAAACCUGGUCCAAAUCCUCCCUCCUCGGCCGCUGGACCUCCCCGACCCUCGAACGCUGGAACUGGAAACAACGCAUCAUCACCACGCGCUCCAAAUCCCUAGGCGCAGAGGAAACUCUGCUCUGGACGAAACGGCUCGGCCUCUCCUCGACAAGCCCCCUAUGGACGUGGCUCACCUCCGGCUUCCUGCACGAACGCCCAGACCACCUGCUAGGCAACAUGCUCGCUCUCCUCGCGUACUCCCCCCUCUGCGCGCGGAUCCCCGGCAUGUCCGCCCUGCACGUCGGCGCCAUAACCCUCGGCGCCAGCAUCCUCGCCAGCGCCGCCCAGCUCCUCGAGUGGCGCCUCCGCAGUCACCCCCUAGGCGGCGCUUUCGGUGAUCGCAGAACCGCCAUGGGCGCCAGCGGCAUCGUCUCCGCGUUCGCCGCCCUCGCCGCUGUCGCUGCCCCGAACGCGAGGUUGGGCAUCCCAGUUGUCGAUUUCAGCGCGCCCGUGUGGGUUCUCUCGGGCAUGCAGGUCUUGGGCGAUGUGAUGGGGUUGUUGAGGUUGGAUGAGGUUUUCAAAGCUAGUGGCAGUACUAGUAGGUCUUGGAGUCAGCAGAGGCCUCGCGUGGGCUAUGCGGCGCAUUUGGGUGGUGCUGUGUUUGGGGUGGUGUAUUACUUUGCGGUUUUGAGGAAUCUGCAGGAGAGAUCAGAGGAUGAUGGAGUCGAGCUUGAGAAUGGCACAGUCGUGAUAAAUCAAACGCCACGAUGA